GAGAGUGCCGGCUAUGAGGAUCACUCCGCACGCGAUGAAGGCUUGCGGCCGCCGCGCGCCAUCUUGAGUGACCGAGCUGCGAAGCGGCGGCUGGGUCUCCCGCAGCCCUGGGACUCGCUUCUGGGACCUGCUCCGCUCGUGCUGUGGGAUGUUCUCUCGGUGCCGCCUAGUUGGGGAAGGAGAGGGAUUUCUCCCCUCAGGUGCAGCUGCGCCGGUGGAGCUCAUGCAAGGCCUCCUGCGCAUUGUCCGAACUGUCCCUGGGCAUUAGGCCAGACGCGGCGAGUCUCGCCGAGCGGCUGGUGUGGCUGGCGGCCGUCCCGGCCGCCGGAACAGGUCAUGGCUCGGUCCGCUCUGGGCGGUGGAGCCGCCGGCAGAGAGGGAUGGGGAGAAAGUGUUUAUCAUGUUGGGCUCUGGGUUCAAGGCAGAGCGCUUGCGAGUCAACCUGCGCCUCGUCAUCAAUCGUCUCAAACUACUGGAGAAAAAAAAGACUGAGUUGGCCCAGAAGGCAAGGAAGGAGAUUGCAGAUUACCUGGCAGCUGGAAAAGAUGAGCGUGCCAGGAUUCGUGUGGAGCACAUCAUCCGUGAAGAUUACCUUGUGGAGGCCAUGGAGAUCCUGGAGCUGUACUGUGAUCUGCUGCUCGCCCGCUUUGGCUUGAUCCAGUCCAUGAAGGAGCUGGAUUCUGGCCUGGCAGAGGCAGUAUCGACGCUGAUUUGGGCUGCACCACGCCUCCAGUCAGAAGUGGCCGAGUUGAAGAUUGUUGCCGAUCAGUUGUGUGCUAAGUACAGCAAGGAGUAUGGGAAGCUGUGCCGGACAAACCAGAUUGGGACCGUCAACGACAGGCUGAUGCACAAGCUGAGUGUGGAAGCACCACCCAAGAUCCUGGUGGAGAGAUACCUCAUUGAGAUCGCAAAGAACUACAAUGUGCCCUAUGAGCCUGACUCAGUGGUGAUGGCUGAAGCCCCGCCAGGUGGAGAAGCAGAUCUAAUUGAUGUGGGCUUCACGGAUGAUGUGAAGAAGGGUGGCCAUGGAGGGGGCGGAGGUGGUGGAUUUACAGCCCCAAUGAUAGGCCAUGAUGGGUUAGUACCCAUGCCCGUGAUGAUGCCUAUGCCCAUGCCAACAACAAAUCCACCCUUCUCUUAUCCACCUCCCAAGGGACCGGAGAACUUCAGUGGCCUGCCAGUGGGGACCUACCAGCCUUUCACUAACAUCCACCCACCACCAAUUCCGGCCAACCCACCCACAUACGAGUCCAUUGAUGAGCCUAAUGCUGACAAGGAUGCUGCUGCACUAAUGCCUGGGCCUGAGCCCAAGCCAGAAGCUUCUCCUAAACCAAGAGCUGGAGCUCCUAAUACCUUUGAUAACUUUGUACUGCCUGAAUUGCCGUCUGUGCCAGACACACUGCCGACAGCAUCUGCUGGCGCCAACUCUUCUGCCUCAGAAGACAUUGACUUUGAUGAUCUUUCACGGAGAUUUGAGGAGCUGAAGAAGAAAACGUAAAACUUCCUGGGCUGCAGGAAGGAGGGGGAAGGAGCUGUGACAUCUCCUCUCUGAAACAGACUCCCUUUGAAAUUAGUUUCCUGUAUUAACCUCCGAUGAACAUGCUCUUCUUUUUGAGCUGUCUUCCUGCUGUACUUACACCAAGUGCUGCCGCUUUCCUGAUCUUUGCCGCUCCAGGAAAUGAACUGUGAGGAAUGUUGUGAGAGUGAGGCAAGGAAGAGCACCUGUCAGUCUGGGUUGCUGUAUGGGGAAGCUCUGCAUGAUGUUCUGGGCACUGUUCCUGGCUGCCUCCAUGGUGGCUCUAUGCCUGCCAGCAGAGGCUUUCUCUUGGGGAGCCCUCACUGCUCUUCAUGGCGUUCUCGGUGGAGUCCAUUUGCAGUUUGCAGAAGGGUAGUAGUAUCUGCCUGGGCCUGUUGGGUAUGCGACUAGCCCCACAGAGGGCAUAAGCUAGACCAGGCUCUCCUACUGCCUCGGGGUUUUGAUGCUGUGCUGAGCAGCUAUGGCCCAUCGAGGGCUGGGGGCGAGGCACGGAGGGUGGUCUGAUGGGAUACGCAGCAGCACCUUGUUUAUCCUACCCGAGUCGCGGGCGAGGCAUCCCGGGACUGUAACGUACCUAUUGGUGACACUUUACAGCUGUGCCCGCGGCCGUACUCUCACGUCCCUUUCCCGUCCCUGUCCGCUUCCCGGCGUUCCCGCCUCUGCCCCUCCUUCAAUAAAGCGCGGGCCGGCCCUCGUUAGCA